AUGGUUGGAUGGAUCACCGUCUGCUCAUCUCGCAGCUCCGUCUGCAAGCCCACGGGAGGCCACAAGGUAAGUGACUCCCAGGUAAGCUGAAUACUGCUUUGAUGUCUUUGCCUGUUCACAGUUUGAAUUUCAGAAAUCAACUAACUGAGCGGUUUGAAGACUUGCCAACAGCAGAUGAAAGCACCUCCGAGGAGAUUCGACGGUGCUUUACCGGACGCCGUUCACUCGACCGCCCUGGCUGCCCUCGACCGCGCACAUCGCCAGCACUAGAACUGGGUCGACGGAAAUGAAACUGCCCUUGGGAAUCUGCUGGCCGAGAAGAACAGGCUGCACGGAGCCUACAUUGACUGCCCAACCGCUGCGGACGAAGCGGCCUUCUACCAAUGUCGCCGUCAAGCGCAGCAACAACAGCGAGAAAUGAAGGACUCCUGGAUGGCUCGCAAGGCCGAGGAGAUCCUGAUAGACCUCGACCACAACGACCCAGGGAAUAUAUUCGUCACUAUUACUGCGAUCGACCGUCCGCCGACCAAAAAGCUGCACCGCUUCUCAGCUCCAACGGAUCAACACUUUUGA